UUAAGGAGCCGUGUAAAGAGGGCGUGUUCACGCGCACUACCCAGGCGGCAGCGGCAGUCAUCGUUGUGGUGCGGUGAGUUUAUUGCGCCUCACAGAAAGCAGAAGCAGCGGCAGCGGCACCUCCGCUCCUGAGGAUGCGGUGACAGCUCCAGUAACAUUUCUACAAAGAAAUUCAGCGGCGCGUUUUCGUCUCACAGCGGUGUCGCGGAGCCGCCGCGUGUUUCCAUCCCAGCGUUUCGCAGCCGCCUCUCGAUGAACGCACCCUCGUUGUCAAGAAGCCGCUGGGGGCCUCGCAGUGGCAACGGCGCCCGGCUUUUGUGAAUGGGAUGCUCGGUGAGUGUGCGCCUUCUGUCUCCUUUACCACUCGGGCCUUUCACUGGAACUUCCCUGCAUUAAUAGUUCCCAGGCUAACAGGAUUUGAGGAGCAUCAAUAUUCUCGCCGCGGUCUGUAACAGGCAUUACAUCCAAGAUCUGGAAGAUCUUUUCAUAAACUGACGGGAUCUUUUCUUUUACCUCUUCGUGCAAAAGAAAAAGACAACUCAUCAGCCACCAUGCCAAUCUUAAAACAGCUGGUGUCUGGCUCCAAGACCAAGCACCGCUCACGCACGGACCUGACCCGGGAGAUGAUCAGUGCCCCACUGGGCGACUUCCGCCACACCAUGCAUGUAGGUCGCAGCGGGGAUGCUUUUGGAGACACCUCCUUCCUCAGCACCCGUUCAGGAGAACCUCCCCCUGAGACCACUUCCUUCCCCCGCUCUCCCCGACCUGGCCUCCUUUCUCGCACCUUUAGGAGCAGCAAACGCUCCCAGUCCGUGACCAGAGUUGAUCAGCAGAGAGACAACGUGGAAGUCACAGGUGGAUCGCCUGCCUGCGUGAAGAAUGCCAUGUCUUUGCCAUUUCUCAAUGAUGAAGACCGAGGCAACAGCAUGGUCUCAAAGAGUUUGUCCUCAAGUCCUUUAAACAUGCAGCAUGGGGAGGGGGAUGGGCGAGGUGCAGCUGCAGCAGCUCACUUCCUGGAACUGGAGGAGCGAAACUUUGGUGAGCUGACCGAGCUUCCCGAGAACUCCCACCACUGCGGAGGUGGAAUGAAGCACGCCGUGUCCGUAAUGUCUUUCCAUGUCGACCUGGGACCCUCCAUGAUGGGCGACAUCCUGGGGGUGAUGGAGAAGGAGGAUGACGAUCUCGGCUACGAGGAGGGCAAGAGCAGCGAGGGACAUGCCUCCCCGCCCCUCAGCGCACACGGCGAGGAAGAGGACAGUGUGGAGAAGGGGAUAGAUGAGGACACGGAGGAGCAGAUGGAGGAAGAGGAAGAACAGGCGGAACUGCAGCUGCAGCGCGCCAUGCACCCGGCCAGCUCUAUCGAACGGCAGCCAGAGAGCGGCGGGCCCUACACCCCAGAGUACACGCCUGAGACACGGCCCAAACACUUGCAGCAUCUAGACAGCAGCUCCAUGUCCAGCUCUGGCUCUGCUGCCCUGGAUGAGAAGCCAAACAGUCAGACCUAUGCAGGAGAUACAGACAGCGCCACCUUCAGUGCGCCGCCAGAGGAGGAGAGCAACUUCUCCUCUUUCUUGGAUGACGAAGAUGAUGAGAUCCAUGUAUGAGAUUUCAAAGCCUUCUAAAAAGAAGAAGAAGAAGUAGGACAUAGCUCUGAACGGGGUUUAUGUGAAACUAGCAAGUCCUUUGACAGUUUGGAUUUGCACUUGGGAGUCUCUGUCAUCGUCGUUUGCUGUGGGAAAUGGGACUGUGAACAGGAUUGUGACGGGAGAAUUCUUACUUUGUAGGUCUGCAAAGAGAGUGUGAAUGCUCCUUUAGGAUGGGCUGAGCUCCAUCUGUCAGACAGCCUUACCCUCCACUUUCUGUCUGUCUGUCAAUCCACUCCUCCCACUUGAACACUGAGAGAACUGACGUGGAAGAGCAGCCACUCUCUGAAUAUGGAGCAUUCCAGAAGUAUGCAGGGAGGAACGGGUUAGAAAGGAACCUUAGCAGGAAAAAAAACAAAAAACGCUUUCCAUAACUAAACUUCGAUUCUCACGCUCUCUCUUGCUCUCUUCUCACUUGACGUGUCACAUGUGCUUUCUUUUUAUUCGCUCUGCCUUUCCCUUGUUGUUGUGUUUUCUCUCUCUGGCUGUGGGACAUCAUGAGGCCUGAGCUGAACAGAAGGUCUCUGUCACCACAGGACCACUGGUGGGUAUCUUGUCACAAUAAAGGGUGCUGUGUUUGUCACUGGAGUGUGAAAGUCCUGCCCUGAGCCUCUUUCAUUUGAAAAUAUUAUACUGAAGUCCCAUCGAUGCGUCAGUUUUCUCCUUUUAUGUAACUCAGGGUCUUUGAGACGCUGCAUAGAGGCUGCCAUUUCCUGCUGUAAAGCGAGACCACAAAGCCCAAACCCAAGUUCUCUUCUGUUUUUAAUUCGGUGUGAGCACCGCGCAGACUCAGACUUGGUGUAAAUUAAAGAAAACAGGGCUAUAAACCUUUAUAGAGAUUAAUUGGCCUGCACCCAGAAUAAGACAUGGUGUUACUACAGGAAACUGGAGGUAUGAAGAGUAUUGUGUGGCACACUGUUGUUGUCUCGUCAUUAAACAGAUUCUUUAUUUCACCUUGAAUCCAACUGAAGCCAAUUGGCAAGCUUCCUCCUGCUAAUCUGUCAUUUUCAAGUUGAAAAUGCAAACGAGUUUGAAAACCACUUCCUUCCUCUUUGUUGUACAUCUGAGCAACUGCAGUGGUGCAAGUGAAUUGUGUAGAAGAUUUUAAUCAUCUACAGCCCAGGGGUUGUCUUUAUGUUAAAAAAACCCCAAACAGUUUCCACCACUAUUUUGGGGUUCAGGGUGUGUUCCUUUAUAAAAUGGUGCACCAGCAGAAACCAACCCUACACCACACACUACUUGUUUUUUUGUCUAACACCUGGUGUGUGGUUUUUGUUUCUAUCUUUGUAAAAUAUUUGCUAUAUUUGUCUGUUUUGAAGAGUGGAUGAAAAAGAAGACACAGCCAGCCAGGCCAGCAAUAGAUGCAGGAGCAUUUCCAAAAAAGAUUGCUAUUUUUUAUGCAAGUUGCAUCGUCAUUGCAGCUUGACUGUAUCUCUUGCAUCAUAAAAAAAAGAAGCAGUGGCCAGAAGUAUUGAGACUCAAAAUGGCGCUGAUCAAUUUCACUGCCUUAACAGAAACUGACAUGUGCCAAAUGAUGGUUUUCUCGCCAAAAAAAACAACCCACACCUUAAUUUCAGUUGUGAUGCUCACACUUUUGGGAGAGUCUGCCACAUCUGUACGUCACCUCCUAUGUAUGGGUAAUCACUGUUGAAUUUAAGUUCAGCUUGCAGAUUAAAAAAGAAAAUAAUUAAUAAAAAAAAAACAUGUUUUAAGAUGUCAUAUCGUGCAGGAUAAAGGAAAACAAAUUAAUUUGCAUUACUGGAUAUUUAUAUUUCCAAUCGCUCGCACACUACAUAAUAUAUUCAGGUAAUUUCCAGUAGUAAAUUCUGUGUGAAUGGGAGGUCGUCUGUGUUGCGUUGUUCUGUGUAAUGUAUGUUAGGCCUUACUGUUGUUUUCUUUAAAGUAUAUUUACGGCCUUUUUUUCCCCCCUGUAUUAUCCAAAAAAUAACCUAUAUUUUUCAAUAAAAAGCCUGAACAUCUA